AAAAAAUGAAGAAAAAAAAAGAGAAUGAUUUGAAUCUUUAAGGGAAAUUUUUCUAUAUGUAAUUCAUGUUCUUGAUAUCACUUUCAUGGAUUCUAGUUCUAUAAGUGAAUCAGUUUUGUAAUUUAAGCUACUGAGUGUUGUCCGUUAGGGCGGAUGUAGAAUGGACCUUGUAGCUUUGAAUCUGACCCUGUAUAAGUUCAAAUGAUUAAUCUCGAACCCAUAAAGUUCAAAUCAAAUCCUGAAUCCCCCUCUGUUGUCCAUUACUUGAUGGUUGAUUCACUGACUUUAAACAACUGAGUGUAGUUUCGUUACUUGAUGGAACUAGAAUGAAAUUCUUUCAUGUGUCAAUUACUAGUUGACCAGUACAAUAGGGUAAGUGUCUAUUCAUAAUUAACCAGGAUAAUUUCUUUCUUCAUUUGUUUUUCCUCCCAUAGAAGUCACUAUAUUGUUAGUAUAAUGGAAGUAAUUAGGAAGAACAGUGUGUAGCGACCAGUAGGAAGAACCACUUGAGGGUGUUUAGCGUAUUGUAGUGAAAACACUUUCUUUUUUUUUUUAUUUAAAAAAAAAAAAUUCUUGUAGCAUUUUCCUUUGAAGAAUUUGUUUUUUCCUUUUGACGUUUUAUUAACACUGCUUGUAUAUCUAUACUGCUAGUUUUAUACCUUCCUCGGCCUUUUGGCUAAGAUCAAGUGUAGCAUCAGUGCUUAUCAGUUUAAUAUCAAUACAGCUAGUUUUAAGUUAUGUCUUUCUGAUGCAGAUUGAUGACCGUGAAUGUGGUGGUGACUAUCUGAUAGAAAACAUUAUCCGUUUAGCUUUGAACUUAAGCUUGAUAACCUUCUAAAACCUCUUUCUAAUCCCUGUCCAUGGCCACUGUUUCCCCUCUUCCCCCGCCAUUUCAGCACCCAACCACUAAUUCAAAGUUUAACUCACCAAUGCUUCAACCUUACUUAGAGCAACUACAAGAACAACACAAACAACAGCUUCAGCCGCAGCAACAAGAUGCUGUUGAGCAGGUAGAUAAUGAGCCUGAGCAGAGUCCCCUUAUCCAAAACUGUCCUAAUCAUGGUUUGAUCAAUCAGUCAAUCUCGACUCUAUACCGUGUUUCGUUCAAUCAAAACAGUAGCUGUUUUGCCAUUGGCACUGAUCGUGGCAUUACAGUCUAUAGCUGUGACCCUUUCAGAAAGAUGUUUCAACGGUACUUUGACAAUGGAGGUGGUAUUGAAAUUAUUGAGAUGCUCUUCUGCAGCAACAUACUUGUCUUUGUUGGAAGUGGAGAUAAUCCACAAUAUCCUCGAAACAAGGCCAUAAUUUGGGAUGAUCAUCGGAGCCGCUGCUUGGGCGAACUCUGUUUCCGGUCGGCUGUGCGUAGUGUCCGGCUUCGACGUGACUGCAUCGUAGUUAUACUUGAGCAGAAGAUAUUUAUAUAUAAUUUUGCUGACAUGAAGCUCGUCCACCAGAUUGAGACAAUUGUAAACACAAAGGGACUCUGUGAGAUUUCACAAGCGACUGGAUCACCUGUGCUGGUGUGCCCUGGAUUACGAAAUGGUGAAGUUCGUGUUGAGCAUUUCACUUCAAAAAGGACUAAGUUUAUUUUUGCGCAUGAUUCUAAGACUGCAUCUUUUGCACUUAGUCAUGAGGGGCAUGUGCUGGCAACAGCAAGUAUCAAGGGUACUCUUAUCCGGAUUUUCAGCACACAGGAUGGUACGUUAUUGCAGGAGGUGCGUAGAGGUGCUGAUAGAGCAGAAAUUCACAGUGUUUCAUUCUCUCCGACUGCUGAGUGGCUAGCAGUCUCUAGUGACAAAGGCACUGUUCAUCUUUUUAGGAUCAAGCAUCUUGGGAAUCAGGAUAAGACAAAUACUCCUCGUAAUUCCCGUCUUACUCUGGCGGCAUCAAGUUCACCAUUCUCCUUCAUCAAAGGAGUGCUUCCAAAAUAUUUUAGCUCAGAAUGGUCAGUGGCACAAUUCCGGUUGCCUGGUGACUCCGAGUAUAUUGUCACAUUUGGUCACGAAAAGAAUACAUUGAUAAUUCUUGGCUUGGAUGGAAGCUUUAUUAGAUGCAAGUUUGACCCAGCCUCUGGCAAAGAGAUGACUCAGUUGGAGAUUCACAACUUUCUUAGGUCUGAUAAGGCCUCGUAAUGGAACGUGGGAUCGGCUUUCCUGUCUAUGCAAGGAUAGUAUUUGCUUCCCGUAGUUGCAACCUGCUUUUCGGUCGUAGUAUACACUAUUGUAAAUAUCGUAUAUAGUGAGUAAAACAGUAGGUAUAACCAACAGUUUUGAACUAGUUGAUGUAAAGAACAUCGACUUAUUAAUAUGUUACCAAAAUUGUAAGAUAUAGUUCAGUUUAGAGCCACAAAAAAACCGUUACUCGUAGCAAAA